UCAUUUUCAAGUUUGCUUACGCCUCAGCAUCAUUAACACCGAAUGAUUCGAUUUUGUCUCUCUCUUCCUUUAUUUUAUACUUCUUUUCAAGAAACAGCAUUAAUACUCCCUAUUCGGUCUUAUCUCCCGACUCUCUCUAACCUUCUCCUCUCUGUUUUCGAUCUGCGCACAGAAUCUCUGUAAAGGCAAUCCACCAAUGAAGAAGGUUGUAUUAAAGUUGGAUUUACAUGAUGACAAAGGCAAGCAGAAGGCUCUCAAGACUGUCUCUACUCUUUCUGUUAUUUGAUUUAUUUAGGAAUCGAUUCGAUCUCCAUGGACAUGAAAGAGAAGAAAUUGACAGUAAUUGGGUCAGUUGAUCCGGUGAAUGUAGUUAGCAAGUUGCGCAAAUAUUGGCAAACAGACAUAGUCUCAAUAGGACCAGCAAAAGAGCCCGAGAAGAAAGAAGAACCAAAGAAGGAAGAAGCAAAGAAAGAAGACGAACCCAAGAAGGAGGAAGCCAAGAAAGAAGAACCCAGUAAGGAAGAACCCAAAAAGGAGGAAGAGAAGAAAGAAGAACAGAAGAAGAAAGAGCAGCCACCAGUACCAGAUCCUGUUUUGGAACUAGUCAAGGCCUACAGAGCAUACAAUCCUCACAUGACCAGUUAUUACUAUGACCAGAGUAUGGAAGAGAAUCCAAAUCCCUGUGUUAUUUGUUAAACAGGCAGGCCGUGAUUCUCUUAUGUUCCGAAUUCUGAUUAAGCUCUUAUGAUCAGUGCCUGCAAAGGCGCGUAGGAGGCAACAUCCAAGUGGAAUGGGAGGUAUUGUAUAUAUUUGGUGAUGCCUCAUUGAUCUAUUUACAUAUAUGUGUUGUUGUUGUGUAUAUUCUUGAAUUCACUUUGAAUACAACAAUUACCUUUAAAUUAACAAGAAUCAAUCAGUUUUGCCUGAACAAUAUGUUAUAGUUGAUUGAUCUCUAUAUAUUCGACUAGUUUAAGUUGUGUAGUCAAUUCAUUUUUGCCAAAAUGAAUAUCAUAUGUAUAGACUUUCUCUUGCCUGUACAUU